UUUGUUGCAGUCGAAGACAAAUUAUUGAUUACAUUAGAUGUCACAGACACUACUUGUAAACAGACGAUAGAGCUUGCUUACCUAGAUCCGGAAGAAUGCGAAAAUUUUCAUCUGAAUUCCAUCCAUUGCAUGAACAGGGAAAUGAAUGCUAAUAUUGAGAUAUCAAAGUUCAAAAUUCAGGAUGAACUGGUUGUGAAUUCAAGGUCAAAUAAUUGUAGCUACGUGAAUGUGUCGAUAGAGUCAAUCGAGAAUUGUGAUGUUCACAUAGGUUUCAGUUUCGGGAGCUAUGAACACUUAUCAUACCUAGAACGAUUGUACCUCCACGAAGAGGAAGGGAUAAGCUGCAAAUAUACUAUUGAACAAUUAGAAUAUCUCUUGAAUAGAGCGUCACUGGGAAUUGAGAAAUACUGGAUGAACGAACAUGUAGCAGUGAUAUUAGUGAACCGGAAAUAAAAUACGAAUAAAUGUAUAUUGGU